AAAAGCUCCGCUAUCGCCAUGGGCAACGGGCCGAGCAAGCAGCAGCGGCGGCAGUCGCAGGCGCGGCGCGAGUCGGUGACCCAGACGGGCCCGCGCCCUAUUGCCGGUCGCUCGGACGCGCUCACGCAGAUGAUCCCCGACCAGUUCACGUCGCUGCCGCAAGUGACGCAGGCGCUGAGGCGCAGCGGCCUCGAGAGCUGCAACCUCAUCAUCGGCAUCGACUGCACCAAGUCCAACGAGUGGAGCGGCAAGCGCACGUUCGGCGGCCGCAGUCUGCACGAGAUCGACGACCCGAGCGCUCGAAACCCGUACGAAGACGUGAUCGAGACGAUCGGCCGGACGCUGCGCGACUUCGACGAGGACAACAUCAUCCCCGUGUACGGCUUCGGAGACGAGUUGACGUGCGACCGCGCGGUGUUUACCUUCGGCGAGCGUGAAGGUCAAGCUGGCUUCCCCCUGGAGAGCAUCCGGUCGCGCUACCGAGAGGUGGUGCGCAACGUGGUCAUGGCGGGGCCCACGAGCUUCGCGCCGAUCAUCAACGAGGCGGUGAACAUUGUCAAUCGCACGGGGGACUACCAUAUCCUCGUCAUUAUUGCAGAUGGACAGGUGACUCGCUCGGUGGAUAUUCCUCCCCAUGCUGUCAGCACGAACGAGAAGGAGACGAUCGACGCCAUCACCUACGCCAGCAACUUCCCUCUGAGUAUCGUUAUGGUGGGCGUGGGCGACGGCCCGUGGGAGUCGAUGAUAUACUUCGACGACUACCUCGUCCACAGGAAAUUUGACAACUUCCAGUUCGUGGAGUACCACAAGAUCACUUCACAAUUCAGCGACCCACAGAUGAAGGAGACGCAGUUCGCGUUGCAGGCCCUGAUGGAGAUACCUGACCAGUAUCGGACGAUCAAGGCAAUGAAUUACCUCGAAGGCGGGCCGUAUCGCGUCCGUACGGACUUGCCGCGCGUUGACGUUUUUCCUCCGCCGCAACCAGUUGAGAACGUUCACCAAAACCACAACUUCGGCGUCAUCCAGCCCAAUCUUCAACAUACACCCGCGCGCGUCGUGUCUGCAGCCACUGCAACAACAACAACGCAAUACGGCCAAGCGACAUCACCAUCAGCUCCGCUCAUCGGUUCUGCAGACGAUGCGCGGAGCGGAUCGGCUCGCCCGACGCUGCAGCAUCGCACGUCGCGAGCUGAGUUGGAGCUCGCUCAACUGCAGGAGACGCUGUUGUGCCCCAUCUGCGAGGAUCGCAGGAAGGACACGGUGUUCCAGUGCGGGCACGAAACAUGCCAAAAGUGCGGCGAGUUCCUCUCGCAUUGCCCUCUGUGUCGGCAAGAGAUCCAGGUCCGCAUCAAGCGGUUUGGUUGA